UUAUCCCUAACUAUGUAUCAGUGAGUAUACACGCAAACUUUUUGAUUUAUCGUUGAUGUCGUCGGUUUGAGACUUUGAGGUGCACAAAACUCUGUAAAUCACCAUUUCUUCAACCCCCAGAAUUGCAGCACCAAAAGAACCCAGAUUUUUUUCAUGAAAACUGAUUUUUAUGGCGUCUAUAGCUGAUCAGGAGCAAUCAAACCCUGCUUCUGAAGCUGUAUCUAUGCCUAAAUUUGGGGGAAAACAGAGGAGUAAGAACAAAUGGAGGCGGCUUUCAAAGCAUUUAUCCACUACCUCUGAUUCCCCAAUCAACACUUUGGAUGAUGGUUGCCUCAUGCACAUUUUCAGCUUUCUCUCUCCUCUUCCUGAUCGUUAUAACACCGCCCUCGUUUGCCACAGAUGGCGAUUCUUGGCAUGUCACCCACGCCUAUGGUUGAGAGUUGACCGAACUAUUAAGGAUUAUUCAGAACCUGGUGUAUUCUCUUGUAUUGAUGCUGCAGUAUCCGCUGCAAAGCCUGGUGAUACCAUCUUGAUUGCUGCUGGAGGGGUCCAUUUUACCUCUAACAUUCAGAUCAAGAAGCCUCUCUGCCUGAUUGGUGGAGGUGAGCUUCCUGAAGAAACCACUCUUCUUUGUUCCCGGGGCACUGACAGUGCUCUGGAGCUCCUUUCCACCUGCAAAAUUACAAACUUGACAGUGAAGGCUGAGCUCGGCUGCUGCUUGCUUCAUAGGAGUGGGAGGUUGAUUAUAGACAGUUGUCUCCUCCAAUGUGAAACCGAUCCUUUGGAUUAUCUAUCAUGCCCCAUAGUGAGCACAACCACGGGGCCAAAGAAGCUACCAUCUCUUUCUUCAAACUCCCGCGGAGAUGGUGUUACUGUUUCUCGUACUAGGAUUGAAGGUGGUGCCAAGGCUGUUUUGACCAGUGGCACCCUUGUGUUGCAGAGUGUACGAGUCAUUUAUGGUCGUACUUCUGUCCUUUUCUGGUUUGAAGUUGAGCAUCAGUCAUGAUUCACUUCUUCCUCCGUCACUUGUUGUAAGUCUUUGGUAAAAUUUCAUCUUUUUUUUUUCUUUUUUCAUUUGUUAAGUUUUCUUUUCCUUGUAUCCUGUAUGUAUAUCAGCUUUAUAGUUCAUUAAUAAUUUUCAAGGCAACUGUGUUGUAUUUAAAAUGGGCAUUAGUUGAGUGGUUACAAUGUAACUUAUGCUAAUCAACCACAAUUGCCAAUAUUCCAAAGUGUAUGGACUGAAUUUAGACUUGUUGGAAAUCUAAAUCCAUCCAAUGUAUACGCUAGUACGUAGACCUUUGUUUCUCACAAUUUGUGGGAAUAUAAUACUUUUAGGUACAUUUGUUGGUCGAAGGCCCUGUUCUUUUCGACUUAUUAUUCUGUACUUCAGCUCAAUUCAGUUGGUUUCCUCA